AAAAGCCCAGGGAAAAGAGUGGAUGUUUUGUCCUAGUUGCUCAUCCAACCAACACUCCUGUCAUGUAGAUGGCAACAUGAAGUUAUACCGAUAUAAACAUUCAGGAAGAGAACAAAGUCAGUCUUACUAUGGAGAUCUUUUUAUUUCUUCGAAUGAACAUGUUUCAGAGCAUAUUAGAAAGGUUUAUUCCACUCCCCAAGUUCGGAACUUUUCUGAUGACGGGAAAUGUGGUGAAAGUAAUUGGCGAGCUGCUGGAAAUAAAGGAAAACGAAAGAGUCGUCUAGACGAAACAGGACUGGAAAUUGCAGGUUGCCGGCAUGCAAUUGCUCAGUGGGCUGUAAACAUGUUUCGCGGAGAGAUUUAUGGCUACUCUAAUUACAUCCAUGUUCACAAAAUGAUUCCGAACAAUGUUAAAUACAUUUGGCAAGAUAUCAUAUGUAAAUAUUGGAAGUGGGCAGUGAAAGGCAUCAAAGUGGAUGAGUCAAAUGCUCACGAAAUAAAGCCUGCUUUAUCUGUGAUGCAUGCCAAAGCACAUAAUUGGACAUGCCAGGUACACUGGUAUUGUGGGAGGACGGUGGCAAAAGGUUCUGCAUAUUCCACAGGAGAGGAAGUUGAGCAGAUUAAUAGUUACCUUUCGAGACUGGCCAACACUACAAAGUACAUGUUACCCGAGUUAUAUAGAAGCUCAAGAAAAUACAAGGAAAGAACUUGAUGAAAUGGUUUCUGGCGUAAAUCUCUCUCCGAACCACGUUGAUUUCUUGCAG